GUACGGUGAGUACGUACGUACUGCACUCGUACUGAUUUCCAUCUGUUCUUCCUUAGACGAAGCUUACGGUACCGGUACGAUUCAUCCAUUUCGUUCAUUGAUUGAUCGGCGCAAGAAGAAAAGCCGAUGCGAAUUCGCAAACCAAAAAGUGCGAUUCCUUGGUUUGUAUGCAGUAGCAUGGGGGAUGCCUGUAGCAAAGAACAAUGAACAGAGACAGAGUGUGCAGCAGCGCUAGUGGCAGCAGAUACCGUUUGUUGGGUGUCGCUGCCAUUGCAGCAAUGAUCUUCGUCGCAACGGCAAUCUCGGAUGGCCCGCAUCCAAAAUGGUUUGCACAGGCUUUUUCGGUCGGCAGAACGAGCCAUGCUCGUGCGUCGGCAAGAAGGCGGGGAUCGACGUCCAUUCGACCGUCCGUGCUAGCGGCGAGUCGUCCCGAUGGCGACAACGCCAGCACGAACGAGUGGGUUUCCUAUUUCGAGGAGGUCUUCAACAACAGCAACAGCGACCUCGGCGAGGACGACGACCACCGAGGCUCUGCCGGAAGCAACGGCAGGACCGGUGAGAAGGAAGCGGUGGGGUUCCAAACUCCGGUGACGACCUACGCGAACGCCCUGGACCUUCUCGAUGCCAUCGACGGGGCACCGCCGGACGAUCUGACCGCCGUGCUCUUUUUUGCCCAUUAUUGCAAGACCUGCCACCGGGCGAACAUUCCCUUCAAGCAGCUGGCGUACGAGCACGGUGGCAGUGGCAGUGGCAGUGACAGCGAUAGUGAUGCUAACGGGUCUGGGGUCCGCUUUCUGCGCUUCGAAACCUCCUCCCUCUCCCCGAACCAGUUUCGGUCCCUCGGCCUCGAGCGGGUUCCCUUUCUGCAGAUCUAUCGCCGUGGAGUCUGUGUGGCCUCCUUUUCCGCCACAAAGGCCACGGGCCCGACCACCACCAAAAUGGUCCUGCGGUCGCGCCUGUCGGAGCACCUCGAGGCCUGCAAGCGCCGGUCCGAUGCCGACUGGUCGGCCUUUCGGAGGCGCUACGCGGGAGACAUCGAGGCCAACGCCUCCGCCAGGAGGAGGCUCCGGGCCGAGCUGGUGGCCGGUGGUGGCAUCGAUGCCGACAUGGACAUGGACAUGGACAUGGGCAUGGACAUCGACACGGACCCUGGCACUGGCGCAAGCCAAGCAACCAAACACGAACGAUUGUAUCGGUCCGUUCGAACCCUGACGUCGGAGGCCGAGUUGUUGGAUCUUGUUGUUGGCGACACCAACGACAGUGGCGACGAAACGCUCGUGGUCAUGUUCCAUUCCCACUUCGACCCGUCCUGUCUCCGGGCGCAGCACAAGUUCCGCAAGAUCGCCGACGAGCGAAGGCAGAAACACCAACAGCAGGACACACCAAUGGCCUCCCGGUGCAGGAUGGUUCGGAUCGAAUCCUCCCUCCUGUCCGACGAGACGCUGAACCACCUGGGCAUUCGGCGAUACCCCCACAUCCAAAUAUACCGAGGAGCUCCCGAUUUCGGUGGGCGGGUCACCAGCGGGGACGUCCACCAUGCCCGGACCAGAGCGAAAGAAUGCGCGGCCUCGUUUUCCGUUCCGCGGUCCUUUCUUUUUGGCAAAAUGCUCCACGAGUCCCUGGACGCCAUCGACGAGCGAACGCCGGAGGAAUGGGAAAAAUUCUACGAGCAGCACGGCGACGAGAUCGAGGCCCAGCAGGCCGGGCUGGAGAGGAUUGUUCGGAAAACCAGUAAGAGACACGACCGCCCCGGGCAGUAGUGGCAGACAAAGAAUGCCCGUUGCACCAUGGUGCGAUUGCCGUGCAAAUCAUGUUGUUGCAGAUUUAUACACAUCGGAUCAGCAGAAGACGCGUGGAAAAUGAAUCUCUUUGUGAUAAUGUUAAUUGAUGCAUUAUGUAAUUUUAAUAUAUGAUAAUGAAUGGU